CUCCAUGGCACUUAAAGAUUGGAUCUUUUUGAGCUUCUUGGUCAUGAAAUGUUUUGUUGUGCUAAAAGUAGAGGGCAUGGUGCAAGAGAAGGAGGAUGCAACUAUUCCAAUUACAACUCUAUCACCUCCUGAAGGCAACACAACAUUCCUUGGUGGCACAACAUGGUGUGUGGCACGGGCCGGGGCUCGACAGUUUGAUUUGCAGAAUGCAUUGGACUGGGCUUGUGGAUUGGGGAUGGCGGAUUGCAGGCCCAUCCAAACCGGUGGCCCGUGUUUUGAGCCCAAUACACUUUUAUCCCAUGCUUCAUUUGCUUUCAAUACCUACUAUCAACAAAAUGGAAAUUCAGAUAUUGCUUGCAAUUUUGGAGGAACUGCUAUGUUGACUAAAAUCAAUCCAAGUCAUGAAAGAUGUAUUUAUGUUACAUCCAGUCCCAGGAUUGAGAACAUGAAGUCUGAAGCACCUCCAUUUCCCAAAGAAAGGUUAAGCAUUAUGUGGUGGAAAAUAGCUAUGAUUCUUCUUCUAUUGUACUCAGGAAGUUGAGAUGUAAUUUUGCUAUAUGUAAAAUUAAAUUUAAAAACGGACCACUUUUUUUGUUUGGGAGAAAGUAGAGGGGGGCAUAAUCAAGAAGAGAUACUAUGAUUAAUUAAUUAAUUAAGAUAUUUAUAGCUCUUUGGGACAUUCUUAGAGUGGUUUAAUUUCUUAAGUAUAUUCCUUACUCUCUUGUUGUAUUAAGCAUCUCAACCAUUGAGAAGAAA